GUUACUCCAUAUCACGAGGCCAAACUUACAAAAACCGCGCAAACAAACGCGAUUAGCAUUUUCCGAUUCUUUUAUUCACACUUUUUUAGGGAUUUGCUGAUAGUUAUUGUGCCGGUUCUUGGCACCCGACCGGCUAAAAGUGAAAAGAGAAUCGGCGAAAAAAGUACAAAUCGUGAAACGGGGCAACAUGGACUUUAACGCUCUACUCCAGCAGGCACAGAAGCUGACCCACGAAACACAGGUCUCAGAUGACUUGCCUCGCGUGGAACGUACCUUACCGCAAGUGCUGCAGGCAACGCAGGAGCUCCACUCUAGGGUUACUCAGACCGGGGCGCAGGAUAUGCAGGCGCACAUCUUGCUGGGCUCAAAUGGCAUCGAUUUACCGAAGAUUUCCCAAAAGUUAGAAACGCUCAGUUCACGCAAAACCUUUGAGCCUCUUGACCCGAUAGCCACGACGGAUGUGCAGAACUUUCUGCGGAAUGAAAAGGAAAACGCUAUUUUGGCUGUCGUUGAAGAAGUUCAUAAAAAUUCAAAUCUGGCAGCUGAAGCCCAAAAAUGGGACAACAUGAUGAACGACUGGAAGCUGGAAAAGGUCAAGUUAAUGAACGCUCUGAUUGGACCGUCUCAGAAUUGGAUUGAUAUCAGGAAGGUGCCCGAGCAGACCAUUCUGAGCGAAUCUACCUUCAGUGGAAGAUCAUCGUUAAACAGCCAGGAAAUGGCUUACGCAGCAGAGGUGCACGAUUACAACAAGCUCGUGUGUGAGGGAGCUAUGCGGCCGUCACUCGUGCAACGGUUUGCACAGGUUGCGGAAACAUUCAACGAUUCGCGCAUUAACGAUAUCUGGGAAGUUAUGAAGUACAUGACGAAUGUAGCUCCGAUUCCCCGGACACAAGAUCCGAUGAAGGUGCGAUGUUCGCAGCUUUUGUUUAUUGAUCAAGCGAAGCGUUAUCUAGAGAACCGUUACAAGCUAUUCAUGCAAACAGUUGUGUCGGAUAAUCUGCGCGAGGCAAGACGUGGCGGGGUUCCCAGUGUACUGAACCUUGUCGGUUCUUUCGUUGGAGUGAAGCUGAACAGCCCUCAGGGUGUAAAUUCGUCAUUCAUGGGUCUUCAAGAUGGCCAUAUCGACGGUAAACCUUUGUGGCCGAUGGUGUACUAUUGUCUGCGCUGUGGAGAUAGUGCAUCCGCGCUCAAGUGUUUGGAACUGGCCGGUCAAGGGCACGAGGAUUUAAUUGCUGUUCUGCGAGAAAAGUGUCACAAUCCGGGACAAAAACUGAAUCCAAGGUUAGAACUGCAGAUCCGCAUGCAAUACAAGCGUCAGAUCCGUAAUGCCACUGAUCCCUACAAACGAGCUGUCUAUUGUAUAAUUGGAUGCUGCGACAUACAAGAGCCGCAUGCUGAUAUCGCCAAGACUUCCGACGAUUUCCUUUGGAUACAGUUAUCCCUGAUUCGCACGGAAGGUGACGACACAUCGGAGCAUCUUACGUGUUCCGGGCUGCAAAGCAUGAUACUCGAACAGUACGGUGAGAAGCACUACAAUGCGAACGAACAACCUCAUCUCUACUUUCAACUACUUGCCCUCACGGGUCAGUAUGAGGCGGGUGUGGAAUUUUUGUCUCGUUUCGACAAGUAUCGUGUACACGCGGUGCACAUUGGAUUAGCAUUAAAUGAGCUGCAUAUGAUUGGUGGGCCACGUAAUCUGCAAGAGCCACUGUUGUCGGUGGAUUUCGAUGACCCGCAACCAAUGCGUAGGUUGAAUUUAGCCAGACUUGUAAUGCUGUAUGUGAAGAAGUUUGAGGUGACGGAUCCUUCUGAGGCCAUGCACUACUUCUACUUUCUGCGCAAUUUAAAGGACAGUGAAGGGCGCAAUUUGUUCCUCGUCAGCGUGGCCGAUCUUGCCAUCGAAUGUCGCGAUUUCGAUCUGCUAUUUGGCCGCAUUCAACGCGAUGGAAUACGGACGCGGGGACUGAUAGACCAGUUCGAGAGCGCUCAAAUCGAUGCGAGAACGAUUUGCGAGAUGGUGGCAGAAAAGUUUGUUAAGAAAGGCAUGCUGGAAGACGCCAUAAAGAUGUUCGAUUUGGCCUCCCAACACGAACAAACUUUGCGCUACCUGUCCAUUUUGCUUUCACAAGUAGUUCAUCACGAUAACAAGGAAGGCUCGCUGCGAGAUCGUGUGCAACGCAUGGCGAACGAGUUUGGCGAGCGUUACACGGGUGCCGAGAAGAAUUGCGAUUCGCAAACUUGGUCAACUUUUACCUUAUUGAAGGAAUUGGCGACGUUCUUCGAUUAUUAUCAUGGGAAAAACUAUCAAUCAGCUAUGGAGAUUUUGGAACGCAUCAAAUUGGUACCUCUUCGAAUGGCGGAUCUGGACGCAACGGUGCACAACUUCAAACGGCUAUCGGGAGAAGUGUGCAAAGUUAUACCGGAUCUGCUCCUCGCCACAAUGGACAUCGCUUUCACAAAGUAUAAAGCAAUGAGAGGAAAAGAUGUUUCGAAAUUCGACGACCACGGGAAAAAAGACCAUCUCAGCUACUUGCGGGAGCAAGCAAAAGCGCUCACAAAUAUGGCCGCAAUGGUACCGUAUCGUAUGCCGGGAGAUACAAACAGUCGGCUUAUUCAAACAGAAAUUCUGAUGCAUUAGCUGCAGGCGAAGCACCGGUGUC